AAUGGAUGCUGGGUGUGAAUGAACUAUGUGUUGAAAAACGAACAGCUUUUAACAAAAAUUGUGUCGUGGACCCGAUGAAAAUCGGGUAUCCACUAUUUAUAUUUGUAUAGGUAGUUAUUUGGGCACUUAUAAAAUAAUUGGUGCUGUUCAAGAUAAUCAUUUUAAACAGUUGUCGAAUUCGGUAGUCACCGUGUUGUAAUGUGUUUACGAGUGUUGCGCUACGGGGCUAGCUUCCCGCAGGUGGCCCUAUUAGGAUGAGGACUCGGACGGAAAUGUUAAAAGUUUAUGUGUAUCAACGAGUGUUGUGGAUUGGCUUGUUGUUGUGAUCGGUGCGAUAUGGAUAGGAUUUCAGGACUUGAGCUCGUGUUCUGUAUGAGCGAGCAGAAAUGAAAUGCAUAUACAGGAAGGAACAAUCACAACUCUGACAACAUGUACCAAAAUGACAGAAGAAGUAGACAGAAGACAUGGUGUAAAUGGUAACAGUGGUAGUAAAGGUAUCAGUGAUGAUGCUCCUCUGCAAAACUCUACUCCCGCGGCGACUGGUGGCAGGCUUAAGUUUUUCAAAGAUGGGAAAUUCAUACUGGAGUUGGUGCGAGGCACGGCGCGGGAAGGCGAGCGCUCCGGCUGGGUGUCGGUGCCGCGCAAGACGUUCUGGCCGCCGCCCGCGCCGGCGCCCGCGCCCAGCGCCUCGCUGUCGCUGUCCGACGACAACUCCUCGCUGCACUCCUCCCCGUGCACCUCGCACCGCGACCACUGCUGGAAGCAGCCCAGCCCGCGCCGGAACCUGUCCAAAGAGCUCGCCAUGUACUACUGCAGGCCCUCCACGCUGCACUCGGCGCUCAUCAGCGGCGCCGCCAGGACCAAGCGGCGGCGACCGCACGACACCACCCACCAGGAGCCCCUACCCAACGGCACGCUCAAGAAAACCCCCAACGGAAUCUGUGACGCCAAACACAACGGCGUAGCUUCACCGGAGGCCGCGGGCUGUAAGCAGGAAGAUGUGGUCGACGGACCGCUAGAGUCGAAAACGAAGUCCGAUGGCGACCGAUGGACAGAAUCGGAUCGGGAGAAGUACUACCAUAUGAAACUCAAAAAACCAUAUCAGUAUCAUAAGUUAAGGGUUUAUACAAAGACAAAAACGCCGACGAAACGGAUGGAGCUCGCUCGGGUCAUAGAUAGGCUUCGGGAAAAGUUGUCGUCGCUUCCCGUUCUAGUGAAUGCGAAAUUGGCGAACUGUCGACAAGAGCACAUGAUGGUGUCGCCCCGCAAACGAAUCCUGAGGGAGAUGGAACGCGUCAGCCUCGAGGACCAGGUGACCAAGAGGCGAGCCAAGACCGUGCCGGCGUUGAGCACGGCGUCGUACCCGUCGCCGGCCGGGCCGAGCCACACGCCGCAGCGAGCCGAGCCCGCUCGCGCGCAGAACGGCGCCGCGGGCCGGCGCGACCCGCCCGUCACCAAGAACGUGAGCAGCUACAGCAUCCACUCGCUGCUGAGCAUGGGGGACGAGAGCCCCGCGCGGCGCUCGCCCGACGCCAAGGGCUCGCCGCACUCGUACCCGCCGUCGCUGAAGACGGAGUCGCCGGGCAGCGCGCGCUCGCCCGACCUCAGCCCCAGCCCCGACGGCUACCGCUACCGGUACGGCGGCGGCUCGCGCGACUCGCCCACGCCGCCGCAGCGCGCCUACGUGUCGCCCGGCUCGCCGUACGCGCGGCCCGCGCCGCCGUACCGCGCGGCGCCGGCGCCGCUGCCGCUGCCGGUGGCGGUGGCGGUGCCGCGCGACGAGUGGCCGCCCUACGUGUACCCGUACGCCUACCCGCCGCCGCACCUGUACCGCGUGUCGGCGCCCGCGCCCGCCGCGACCGCCGCGCCCGCCCACUGGAUGCACUACGCCAUGUCGCCCGGCACGUGGCCGCCGCUCGCACAUCCGCUGCUCACGGAGCACAAUAUACUGCCUAAAGAAGAACCCACCUCAGAUUUGCCAUUAAAUCUGUCCAAGCACUGAGCGGAGCGUGCGGUCCGUCACUCGCGCACGACUCACGAUUGCAACUCGAUCCUCGAUACUAUGUCGAACGUUACAACUUCCCUUAGUAGGGGCAUGGAAAUCUAUAUUACAUCUAGAUAUUGUUAUAAAUAGCGUUGUAUUAUUGUGCCCAGAAAACUUUUAGCAAGUAACAUAAUGUAAAAUGCCUAUUCCAAAGUAAAUGAUAUUCACUUUUACAGGAAUUCGUGACAAAAAAACAGACAGUCCACUUGAAAUUAGCAUGAGUAGGGAUGUUCCUACUCACUUAUGUAAGUGUAUCAGAAUACAUAAUAUUGUGCCCAUAGUGUAACAAGGUUUAUUUUAUAACAAUAUUUAUCUGUGCUAUGUAUUAUAGCGCGACCAUCAUUGUAUAUAAUAACAAAAAAAAAUAAGUUAAUAAUAGUUCCAGUAAAACCGGAGUAUCUAAGAAGAGUUACAAUAUAAUUGUGGCGUUGCCUGUUCAUGUUUCCUAACGUACAUUCCAUUAUUGGCGGUUGUUGAGUCCAAAAAUGAAAUCCCACCUAAAUUCGUUUUAUAUGUCUACUGUAGUCUGCAGCUGUACCGGUAUUAUAUUAAGAAUUAAAUGAAUAAUCAAACAGUAUAUUUUUAUAUAAAUCAUGAUUUCCGGGUAUACUCGCCUGAAAGUCUAUUUACAAAGUUAUAUAAGAUAAAUAUUAGUGAAAAUUCACUAUUUUCAUAAAAAAUUGUAUGCAGAGACGUUUUGUAUUUUCAUACGUAUUAUUUGUAUUGCAAGUUGAAUAUAUUAAUAUUGGCUAUAUUAGUGUUAAGAUGAAGAAUGACUUUAUGUGACAGUUAAAAUUGGUAUGACAACCGUGUCUACUCUUGGAUCGACUAUAGCGGCAGCAGUGUUGUGUGAAACAAACCUUACGGCGAAAAUAGGCAGCAAAUAUUUAUCGUACAAUUAGUUUAAUACAGCGAGCUCAUAGUAGGGGUUACAUAUGUAGGGUUUGUCGCAAAAUAUAUCUAUCGGACAGUGCCUUGAUACAAUGAAUUUAUUAAUGAAAAGUUGGGUGAUUUAAUGUUUCUCAUAUUAUAAAUACAAAAAAAGUUGGGUAACAGGCGGUUUUGAGAGGCCUCAGGCAGUGCUUCCAUCCGAGCGCUUUGUAAUUCCGUAGUAAAUGACGUUCGAUCUCAUUAUUUAAUAUAGAAAUUGUAACGAGAUAAAGACUACAGCUUUUGGGAUCAAAUUUGGAUGAGUGUUUAUGUAACAUAUUAUUAUAAAAUAAAAGACAUUUGUAUAUAUAUCAUAGUUCGAGCAUGGUGUAUCAUUGCGGAGAGGGGAGUUAGCUUUAGAGCAUUAAUCGCUUAUUAUUAUUGGUAAAAGUUUAUACCCUCAAAUAAUAAAUAUAAUAACUGUACAGUAUUUUUGUAUCGAGUAUUUGAUGGAGCAGCGAAUUUGUCGCUGCUCCAUGGUCGGGGAAUGAACGACACGGGCGUCUCGCGACCCGUGUUUGAGAUUAAAUCUAGAGAUAGUUUUCUGCAAUUAUAAAUGGGGUUAUUGUAUUAUACGAGUUAAACGAUGUUAAAGGACUGACUCUCAUGUAAUAUUAAUUAAUGGAAUUGUAUAAAAUAGUAUAGUCCGUGGCCUACUUUAUGGAACAGUGUCCGCCAACAAAGUUGAUUUAGUAUAACAUAGCUAGGUGUAACGGAGGUCGCUCAAUUUGCUCAGUAAAUAACACAGGCAUUAGAAAAAGCAGACUCAACUCGUAACAAAAGUUGUUUCCCGACAUCAAUCAAUAAAACGUCUAUUCAAUUGAAAAGUAAUUUUAUAAAUUGUUACCGAUUAUUUUACUACUGCGCUCUUGAAUGAGUAAACUUUCAUAUAAGUUUCUCAGAUAAGAAAGAUUGUUAAGAAUGGUGAGAGCAGUAAACACUGACCUGUAUCAAUACCACUGGACAAGCUUUUUCAUAUGUUUGACAGCAAUUUUUUGUGCAUAUUUGAAGCGCCACUGGCGAGCAUCCGGAGAACUAAUUUUGACAUAAUACAAAUGGCUGCGAAGGAACGUAAAAUACUCUGAAGUAUUUUUGCAUUUUGAAUUAAUUUCGUUCGUUUUCCGUGUUAUAUAUACUUCAAGAAUCAACGUAAUAAGUACACAAUUUUUACUUGGAAAUAGUUUCCCAUCAUCUAUGGAUGUUUGCUGGGGUUGUCAUCACUAGUUUUAGUACCGUAGACUCUCGCUACAUGGCCAACAGCGCCAAAAUGGGGAAUAUCAAAAAGCACAAAAGCACUUUGACAGCCGCCAGUCCAAUGGUAUAUAGUAGAGGUCAGUGGCAUUAAUAGACAAUAAAAUGGAUCCGUCAUACACUCAAAUGUCAAAAACGUUCAGUCUGCUUUUUUUCUUGAACAGUCAAUCUAUUGUCGCGCCGUCCACGGAGGAAACUGCGUUUUUAACAAUAAUGUAUGUUAUUCGUCCAUUUUGGGUUCCUGCUUUCCAAAUAUUAAAUAUAAAACCUUUGAAAUGCAGAAAUUCGAAUGUGUAGCUAUACUGAACCGUGUCGAUGAAGUUGUUACAGAUUUUGUGUAGAAACUGGUAUUAUGAAAGUUGUUCAAUUUGUUAUAUUAUGUGAAUAAAUAUGAUAAAUUGAUUAGAAAUUAAUCGCUCCAACAAACCAAUUUGUAUUAGAUUUUUACGUAAUUUGGCCUUAUCACGUAACCUAUAAUAAUGUAUAAAUUUAAGAUAUUAAAUUAUUUUUAUGUAUCGUUUAGAAUGGAUCUAAUUAAUUUUAAUUCUUAAGUAACUUGCUAAACAAAAUCUUUUCCGACGACUUUAUCUAGCACAAGAUAUAAUGUAGGUGUAUUCUGUAAGUACAAUCUUUUAAAUCAUAAAAAGUACGCGAGAGUGCCAUCGAAAUGAACAUAUUAUGCGAUUUGUUAUUUAUUGUACCUAUUAAUUUAAAAACACAGUUUACUCUGUCGCAGGCUGUAGCCGGUGUUGCUAUAGUAAAUAUUAUAUAUUUUUCUACUCAAAAAUAUACUUUUUGAAGAAAACUAUGACUAUGGUGACGCACGUGAAAUUCACUUAAAACAUAUUUAUGCGGAAUAAUAGUUAUUAUUCAUAUUAAGAUGUAGUUAUGUACUCGAAUAAAUAUAACUUUUUAAA